AUGGACAACGUGUAUGAAAAUCUGCAGGUCCAACCUUGUCAUCUACAUGAACCAAAUGAAGAACCUAAGAAAAACAUGGCAGUCCGGCAGAGAAGUGAUGUUGAGAAUGAGUUGAAGGAAUUCCAGAAUACAACAUCAAUGCAGAUCUCUGGGUUACAGAAACAACUGGAUGAGAAAAACACUGAUAACUUCAUGUUAAUUGAACAGAGUGUUCACCUGCAGAAUGAGCUAAAGGAGCUCCAGACUGCGAAAGAGAUUCUGUCUCAGUGGUCAGGAAAAGAAGGUGUUAUUCUCCCACCAGUGUGGAAAUGGAUUCGUGAAGCAGCAGUUGAUGUGACUCUGGACCUCAACACAGCACAUGGAAACUUGAUUGUUUCUCAAGACAAAAAAGAAGUAAGAUAUACAGAAACCCCACAGAAUCAUCCCAAGAAACCAGAGAGUUUUGACAGUUGGUACGGUGUCCUGGGAAAAGAGAGCUUCUCUUCAGGAAGAUUCUACUAUGAGGUCCAAGUUUCACAAAAAGCAUGCUAUGUAGUCGGUGUUGUAAAAGAGUCCAUAAAAAGGAAGGAGAGCAUAACACCAAACACUGCAAAAGGUUUCUGGACUGUGACGUUCAAGGACAAAACUUACACUGCUGCGGGGGACCCCCCCGUCUCUAUCGACAUUAGAGAGAAGCCCCAGAAGGUGGGGGUGUAUGUGGACUAUGAGGAGGGUCAGGUUUCCUUCUACAACGUGGAGACCAGGUCUCACAUCUACACAUUUACAGGAAAAGAAGAAAUUGUUCCCAACACAGUGUGGAAGUGGCUUCGUAAAGCUGCAGUUGAUGUGACUCUGGAUCCUGUUACAGCAAACCCCUGGCUCAUCCUGUCUAAGGACAAGAAACAAGUGAGACACGGAGACACAAAGCAGAAUCUCCCUGACAACCCACAGAGAUUUAGUCCUGUUGUCAGUGUCUUGGGAAAACAGGGGUUUUCUUCAGGGAGAAAUUAUUGGGAGGUGCAGGUUGGGGACAAGAACAAGUGGACUUUAGGAGUGGCCAGAGAAUCCAUCAACAGGAAGGGAAAAAUUAAAUUGAGUCCUAAUAAUGGUUACUGGACUAUCUGGCUGAGGAAUAAAAAUGAGUAUAAGGCUCUUGCUGAGUCCUCUGUGUUCCUCAACCUGAGUGUGAAGCCCCAGAAGGUGGGGAUGUAUGUGGACUAUGAGGAGGGUCAGGUCUCCUUUUACAAUGUGGAGGCCAGAUCUCAUAUCUACACUUUCACUGGAUAUAGAUUCACUGAGAAACUCUGUCCAUAUUUCAGUCUUGGUACCGAUGAUGAUGCUGAUGAUGGUACAAGCUCUGGACCACUGAUCAUCACUUCUGUCAGUCCAACAGCAUGA